UUUGACCGUAAAGGUUGAUUUGACUAGAAAAAUCAAAAUACUGCACCUACAGAGAUAUUAACACACACACACACUUUUUUUUUCUUUUCUUUUUUUGAUGCAUAGAGAUUUUAUUCCAAAGACUGAAGGCUCAGUUCUACUAAAGACAUCUUGCCUGCACUCAAUUCUGGCUGAACGUAUUUCUGGAAGUAGGUCAAACCCAUCCAAUCCCCUACACAGGGUAGGGAGGAGAAGAGACAAUUUUCGGCCAGCUAACCCUACGAAAGGGUUAAACGAACACAUCUACCCACUGACCCUCUUCCCUGUUUCUGCCAAAGACCCUCUUUAAGCAGCCACCCUGGGGUCUGGCCUCCUUCUAAGCCCUUCCAGCUCUUCUCCAUCUGCAGAGGACUUUCAGGAAAUCAGGGCUGCAACUUCCUUGGAGGAACCCUAAGAAGCAGAGCUUCAGCUUUCAAAGACCUUCCCAUCUAAAGAGAAACAACUCAAGAAUCCUUUCUCCUCUCAAGGAAUCCUUCUGCUUUGAAAUCUCUCAAGAAGGUCGUUUUUUUGCCCAGCUGAAUAGGUUUCUGGGUGAUGCUUUUACAUCUGCCAGCAAAGCUCUCCAAAAAAUCUAGCUCAGCAGUUGCUGCUCUGAAGCUUUGCACAGAAUUACCUGAGAACAUCUGGCGCAAGGUCUGCAGCACAGAAGAUGUCUGGACCACAGAUGUGUCUGCCUUCCUGGUUUCUUCUGGUCAUGUGCUUCAGCCAUCCUUUAAUCACGGUUGUUGGUUUACAGCAAAACCUGAAGAAUGAGAUGUUCCACUUCUACCAGAUGUUCAUGCUUGCAGAGGGCAAGGAAAUGACAAUCUUCCUCUCAAAAGGGAUGCCUCAACGGUGCUAUUUUGUUCCAAAAGAAAGCAAGAUCUCUGCAUUCUUCACAGUGAGAAUAACCCCAUGUGAUGUCCCCAUUGAGUGGAGUAUACGGGUUCCUAAAACAUCGGCAAACUAUUUUGGAAAAACAAUUUCUGAUAAUUUGAACGCUCAGGAAGUCCUCCGAUUCCAGAAGGGUCCCAAGAUGGCGUGGACUCUCUUUAGUUAUCGAGGCAACUCGGUGGAAACCUACACAGGAGCGUCUCGCCAUUCCACAGUCUACAUGCUUGAAUUCCUCUCCAUUGAGAGAGACACCCAGAUUAAAGCAUAUUUGACCACGGACCCCAAAUCUGAUCACUUUUAUCCAGAACUGCCAAUGGACCCCCGCAUUGAUGUCGUUGGGAUUGGCCCCACCACAGUAACUCUGGCUUGGAAGCAGAGUCCAAGUGCCCUGCCACCCCAAGGAAACAUUCAUUAUUGUCUCCUGGCGAAUGAAAACUACAAUUUCAAGUCUUUAUGUGCAGCAGAAACGGCAAUGCAACCUUCAGGGGUGAAACGGUCUCCUACUUUGGUGGUCUCUCCCUCCGCAGGUAGCCUCACGUCUCAGGAACUACAGGCGCCGUCCAAGAGCGAAUUCAGCAUAAGUGACAAAGGUAGUGACGCACGAGUGAAAGAAGUCUGUGUGGGACUCACAAACACCUACACAGUGUCCCACCUGACUCCUGGCAUUCAGUACUACUUUGAUGUUUUUGCCAUCAAUUUCCUCACCAACACCAGUGCUGCUUACACCGGAACCUUUGCCCGCACUCUCGGAAAUCCUGAGCCCAACGUGAGCAAACUGAAGGAUGGGAAGACGAUUCAGCUGAGACUGGAUGGGAGGAAAUGGCCCUUUUACAAUUUGCUGUACCAGGCAAUGCAGAAGCGGGUUCAAUUUGCCUUCCAGUCUUGCAGCGGGCAACUCCAUUUGGAAAUAUCGAAGGACGGGGAAGUGCUGAUGUCAGAGAGAUUUGCUGGCUUGAGGCACUUCACCCUGAAAGGAAGGUUGGGAGAUACCUACCUGGUCCAUCUCCGGUCCACCGAGACUUCAGCUGCAUCCGUGAAGGUUCAGGUGUCCUCUCUCUUCCACAGGCCUUUCUUCCCAGCUCUGCCAGAGAGUUUAAAAAUCAGAUCCUUGAACAAACUGAGAAGCUGCCAUUCUGUCACCAUCGCCUGGCUUGGAACUCGGGAACUGAGCAAGUAUUGCAUCUACAAGAAGGAGAUUGAGGAGGACCAAACCUGGGUGGCCACCCGAAAGGUUGAUCGGUGCUCUGGGCCAGAGUCAAGGCAGAAGAGCGAAAAAGUGCUCUGCAAAUUCUUCCACGGUCUCAAUCUGCAGCGAGCUGUGACUACCGAAACCAUCAGGGGCCUGGAAGCAGGGACGGCCUACCUUUUCGAUGUGUACCUCAUUGGAUCCUCGGGGAUCCCCAUCCGCUAUUACAGCAAAGUUCUGAAGACAAGGAAGAGAUGUUGAGCCUCUUCAAACAACCGAGGAAAGGUAAAACUGGAGAAACACCGGACAAAAGCAACAUUGGCGAUUGCCGCCUUCAGAAUGAACUGGGGGACACACAAUUGUGUGUUGGAGAUGGCAAGGUCUGAAAUGGACACCCGAGCUUGGAAAAAAUAGAUUUGCCCCCUAUCACCCUUCUCCUUUGACCCGGAGGCUCCUCCCAAUAACAAAACACCCUGCCCCUGGAAUUAAAUCAUUCUUUUUCGAACCCAAGCCUACACGAUCAAAAACCUGAAGGAUGCCUGUUUCGUAAGGUCAAAUCCUUUUGCUUUGUCUUCCAGUUUAAUGCCUGUCAGAAAGUUCGUGGGAGACAAAGUCUACGGGACUGCAAGAGAAUAUAAAAGGAGAAAUACGAUCGCUAGAGGGCGGUACAAUAUUAGUCAAAGCAAGAGUAAGAUCAUGCAAUAGCUUAGUCUGGGUUAAGACACCUAAACAAAGGCGUUGAAGAGUGGGUGUGUCUUGUAGUAGGAUCCCAGCUCGAUCCAGUGGAGCUCCUUUCCAGAAAUUAGGAACAGAACCCACCACUUAGCCUCCCAGUGGAAAAGAGCAGUAAGAAACUUACAAGUUCUUCCCCUGCCAACAUGUAGAGAGAUUGAUGGGCAGCUGACAUGAUCCAGGGCCUUCGGAGGGUUAGAGGUGAGCUCAGCUCCCUUUUCCAUCAGAAGCUCCUUUCACCAUCACGACCAUGCUAGGUCUUUCUUUCCCCAUUUGAAAAAAUGAGAAUAAAUGCUGGCAACAUUAAAAUAUGUGGGCUUCGAUUUCAAGAAUGAACAGUCAACUAUAAAGGAUCCUGUGAAAGUCCUAGGCCAAGACAUGGAGGAAAAAAAAGAGUACAUCAAAGCAAAUUCAGAAGGAAGGAAGGAAGGAAGGAAGGAAGGAAGGAAGGA